AUGCUUGGACAAACGUACGAGGAAAUGAAUGAUUUAGUUGGACAUCUAUUCAAUGAAACAAAAUACAACAAAAUCUUGCGACCAUUACAAAACCAGUCAAAUAAAAUACAGGUUAAUUGUACCAAGUAUUUAAAAAGUGUUGAAUAUUUUGACAUCACAACAGGGGAGGCGCUUAUAUCCGCCUUCUUUGAAAUCAGCUGGAAAGAUGAAUAUCUAACAUGGGACCCCUCUCGAUAUGGCGGAAAAGAGAGUAUUCAAUUACCCAAAGGUAAAUUCUGGAAACCGGAAUUUGAAUUGAUGAAUGGACGCCGCAACGAUGCGUUUUCAUUUAACAGUAAUGGCGUAUUUCCUGCUUGGGUUGAGUACAAUGGAGAUGUUAUAAUGGUUUUGGGAGGUACGUACGACACAAGAUGCGACGUUGAUACAACGCUUUAUCCAUUUGAUAUUCAUCAUUGUAAUAUUAAUAUCAUAGUGUCUAAUUAUGGCGCAAAUGAAUUGAUAAUUAAUUCGCCAUCAAGUAACAUUGAUGAACUUGAGGACAAUGACGAAUGGGUGAUUAAAAGUUUAAAUACAGCGAAUUCUCUAAUUCAAGAAAAAAGAAUUUGA